AGGAAUCCCCAAUCUCGUCUUGCCCUCCCAGUGACAGACAACCAUCCCCAAAUCCCUAGCCGCCGUCCACUCGACCAGCUUCCUCCCGCGUCGCCAAGCUCCUCCACCUUCCGCCACGAGCUGUCGCCUUCCCGUGCCGCCGCCGCCGCUUCUUCGGGCAGCCCCUUCGCCCGCGCGGCCACAUCGCCCAACUCGUCGUUCCGCCACCUCCCGCUCCAACUGAGGGUUAGCCAUACACGAUUCGUCCAUGCCACGGAUCACAAUGCGACCAGGAUAAGAGGAAGGAGAUCACCCGCGGCCCAGCACGCAGAUUCAGAUUUAUUGCCAGUUCGUUUUGAUUGCAAUCUUGGCGUAUCUUAACCAGUUCGGUUGUUCCUCCCGCCUUCACGGCUUGGCCAAUGCCCGCCUCUUCUCCGUCUCCCGCGGGCAACGACGACGGGCCGUCGCUGACCGCGUCGGCCAUCAUCGCUCCAGCCGUGUCCGGGUCGCAUGUCGUCAAGAUAGACGGCUACUCCCGCACCAAGGGGCUUGGCAACGGCAAACGCAUCAACUCCGAUACUUUCAUCAUCGGAGGCCAUCGAUGGUGUGUGCAGUACUACCCUGACGGUGCUGCCUCAAACGACACCGAUUGGAUAUCCGUUUUUCUGUUCUCUGACCGAAGUGAUGAUACUGAAGUCAAAGCAAAGUUCAAGAUAAGUUUGCUUGGCCAAGAUAGGCAACCAGUGCCGCAGUACAGUUUCAGCACCCUGAUACACACCUUCUCCAGCAAAGAAGCUGCAUGGGGCUUCGCUCAAUUCAUCAAAAGAAAUGACUUGGAGGAAUCCCUUCACCUCAAGGAUGAUGUUUUCAGCAUCAGGUGCGAUGUCACCGUGUUAAAGGAGAUCUUCACCGAGCCAAUCCGGCCGCCUGUGGUGGUGCCGGUGCCACCAUCUGACAUGCACCAGCAUUUUGGACAGCUGCUCUUGGCCGGUGAGGCGGCCGAUGUCAAUUUCGAGGUCGGUGCGGAGACAUUCGCUGCACACAGGUGCAUACUCGCAGCUCGGUCGUCGGUCUUCAAGGCGGAGCUGCUUGGUACCAUGAAGGAGAAGACCGCAACUCACAUACGAAUCGACGAUAUGGAACCCAAGGUGUUCAAGGCUUUGCUCCACUUCAUCUACACCGACUCGCUGCCCGUGAUGGACGAGGGCGAUGGGGCAGCGACUGCCCAGCAUUUGCUGGUAGCGGCGGACAGGUAUAGUAUGGAAAGGCUGAAGCUGAUCUGCGAGGGAAAGCUGUGCGAUCACAUCUGCAAGAGCACAGCAGCGACGACGCUGGCACUGGCUGAGCAGCAUGGUUGUGGUUCUCUCAAGAAGGCGUGCUUCAAGUUCCUGACGUCUCCGGGUAACCUGAAGGCAGUCAUGGCAUCUGAUGGAUACGAGCACCUGAGGAGCAGUUGCCCAGGUGUUAUGGACGAACUGGUGGCCAUGCUUGCUCCUUGACCUCUUUGAGUUUAAACUCACCAGAUCUGGUUAUUUAUCCUGCUAUUUAUAUUUUCAGAAGUAAUGAUAUCCUACUACUGUAAAAAAAAAGGUACUAGCAUUGAUGCAUCUGUUUGAGCUCAGUUGUCAUUUCUAGAUAUCUGAAAACUGUGAGAAGCUUCUGUUUAAUCCGAAGACAAUAUUUUCUAAGUUCUGAAAAA